AUGGCCCGGCAUGGCUACUGUAGCAUCGACUCUAUGGGCCAUGCUAAGCCAAUCUUUUUGGGCCCGACAGCUCGGACCGGCACGGUCGAUAUGGGCCUGGGCCCUGCCGGGCCGAAGCCGCCGAGCUCGCCGUGGCCCGAGGACGUACGCGACCUCGUCGACCUCGCGCGACGCCACUGCUGGCGCUCGACCUCAGCCCCCGACCCCGCCGAGGACGCGCACCGCUCCGAGGUCCUGAAGCUGAUCCGCGAGAUCGAGAUGGAGAUCUUCCCCGACCGCGCGUGCCUCGCCGUGAUCUUCGAGCUUGAGAUAGAGAAAAAGGGAGGCGGCCGAGGAGGAGUAGUAGUAGUAGUAAUAGAAGUAGAAGGAGGAGANGAGGGGGAGGUGGGGAAUAAGAGCUUUGCUGAGAACACCCAUGUGAAAUUAUGUUGCAGGGGCCAUUGGAGACCUGUGGAGGAUGCAAAGCUCAGAGAACUUGUUUCCCAGUUUGGCCCCCAGAAUUGGAACCUUAUUGCUGAGAAUCUACAAGGAAGAUCAGGGAAGAGUUGUAGGCUAAGAUGGUUCAAUCAACUGGACCCAAGGAUCAACAAGAGGGCAUUUAGUGAGGCAGAGGAGGAGAGGCUUUUAACUGCACACAAGCUGUAUGGGAACAAGUGGGCUCUCAUUGCAAAGCUGUUUCCUGGGAGAACAGACAAUGCUGUGAAGAACCACUGGCAUGUCAUCAUGGCCAGGAGGCACAGGGAGCUCUCCACUGGUGGCAAGAGGAGGAAGAUGAUCAUCAUCAACAACAACAACAACAACAACAACAACAACAACAACAACAACAACAAUAUUACUAAUAUUAAUAAUAAUAAUAAUAAUAAUGCUCACAAAGGUGGUGGUGUGGAGCAAAGGAGCAGUGGGAUGAGCAGUGCAUGUGCAUGCAAGGGGGAGUCCACAACCACUGCUGCAAGAGAGGAAUCUGGUUCUGGUUCCACAUGCACUGGGUUCCCCCUUGACUCAUUUGCUGCAGUUUCUGGGGCUGUUCAUGGCUUCUUUUUCAAUGGUUUCAACCUCUCCCAUCAUCCACAACUCUUUGGUUUCUUUGCUGUUCCCAUGACUGUUGCAGGCCCAGAUGAAAAGCUGGUUGCAGUGAGAAAGGGGAGUUCUGAGUUCCCUAGAAACUGCUUUCAGGGAAGUGCUUCUGCCAUGGUGGCUUUUGAAUAUUCUGGUCACCUUGAUGCUGCAGCAGCAGCUUCUGAGGCUUCAGCAACUGAAUCAGCCUCUCUCUACAGCAACAACUCUUCCUUGCAGGAUGAAGCAGCUGUUGGAAAUGGAGAAAAAGUUAGCUUGCCCUUCUUUGAUUUCCUGGGUGUUGGAGCCAAUUAGAAGUACUAGCUUAGUUUAAUUUACCAACAGCAGUUAAUGGCAAAUGAGGCUUGGAGACUCUGUACAGAAACCUUUUAUAAAGGAGAGGAAAGAUCAAGAUUCAAGAACAAGGAGAGAGAGAGAGAGAGAGAGAGAGAGUUCAAAAAAAAAAAAAAGGAAAAGGAAGUUUUUGGUGUUUAAAUUUAAAUUGGUAGAACUUUUGUUGUAGAAACCAAACCUCUAUCCUUUUACUUUAUGAUGACCCUUCAAAUUUUCAAUUCUCUGGCAAAUUAAUGCUGUGGUCUUAGUUCUCUUGUUUGAAUUUCCAAACUGAGUUUCAUCUUUGCAAUCCAGGGGCUAAAAGGUCUGUUUGAAUGUCGGAACAAA